AUGGCUGCCUUUGAUGUUUACAUUCAUUUCCUUAUUCCAUUCUCAGAACACAACAUCAAUAACUACAACAACAUCAAUAACUACAACAACAUCAAUAACUACAACAACAUCAAUAACUACAACAACAUCAAUAACUACAACAACAUCAAUAACUACAACAACAUCAAUAACUACAACAACAUCAAUAACUACAACAACAUCAAUAACUACAACAACAUCAAUAACUACAACAACAUCAAUAACUACAACAACAUCAAUAACUACAACAACAUCAAUAACUACAACAACACAACAUUUGAUUAG